CCAUCACAAUCAGAGUGACAAUCACAAUCACCAUCACCUUCAUCACAUCAACUCUCAGUUGACAAACACAAAAACAGAGUUUUCUCUCUCAGAUUAUAUUCCCUACUCUUAUUCCUACUCUUAUUUUCUCAUAAUCAAAACAUAUAUUUCAUUCAUCCAAACACAAAAUCAUAUUAUAACUAAAAUAAAAAUAUGUGUAAUCCAAAUAAUCCUAUAAUACCCACAAUUCCCAUACCUGAAAAACCCCCACAUUUUUCAUCAAACAUAUAUUUAGAUCUCUUAUCUAUUACAAAUCAUAAUACCCAUCAAAAAGAAAUUAACAUUAAAGAUAAAAAUACUAUUACUAAUAAUAAUAAUAAUAAUAAUAAUAAUAAUAUUAAUGGGUUUUUUCCUACCAUAUCAGAAAUUGUUAAAGAGAGUCAUUCACUAUUUUCUUUAGCAAUUCCUAUAUUAUUAACAAACCUUAUUCUUUACUCAAGGUCCAUGAUAUCCAUGGUUUUUUUAGGCCGGAUCGGUGACUCGGAAUUAGCCGCCGGUUCACUUGCCAUUGCCUUUGCUAAUAUUACCGGUUAUUCGGUUUUUUCGGGUUUAGCUCUUGGUAUGGAACCCUUAUGUUCCCAAGCAUUUGGGGCUUGUAGGCCUAAACUUUUAUCACUUACCCUUCAACGUUGUGUUAUUUUUUUGCUUCUUUGUUGUGUACCCUUAAUUUCUUUGUUUUGGUUUAAUAUGUCCUCCAUUUUAGGGUACCUUCAUCAAGACCCAAAUAUUGGUAAAUUGGGUCAUCUUUAUAUUACUUUUUGUCUCCCUGACCUUUUUACUUAUUCUUUUUUACAUCCUGUCAAGAUUUAUCUUCGUGCCCAAGGUAUUACUCGUCCUGUCACGUUAGCAUCUCUAAUUGGUGCUAUUCUUCAUGUGCCUAUUAUGUUUUUUCUUGUUUGUUAUUUAGACCUUGGGAUUGCCGGGGUUGCUGCUGCGACCUCGGCAUCCAACCUGCUAUCACUUAUUGUUUUAGUGAUGCAGGUUUGGGUAGGUGGACUCCACGUUUCAACGUGGACCCCACUUAGCCGCGAAUGUCUUACUGGGUGGUGGCCGCUAGUACGACUAGCGGCUCCUAGUUGUGUGUCAGUUUGUCUUGAGUGGUGGUGGUAUGAGAUUAUGAUUGUGCUUUGCGGGCUUUUGGCGGACCCACGGGCCUCUGUUGCGUCGAUGGGCGUGUUGAUUCAGACAACUGGGUUGAUCUAUAACUUCCCUGCCUCUCUUAGUAACGCUGUUUCGACUAGAGUUGGGAAUGAGCUCGGAGCGGGCCGUCCUCAACGGGCCAAGCUUUCGGGUGUACUUGGGAUUACUUGGGCUAUGGUAAUGGGGUUAUCUGCUAUGGUGUUUGCUUUAUGUACAAGAAAUAUUUGGGCCCGGAUGUUUACCCGGGACGCCGAGAUCCUGGCACUAACCGCAGCAGCAUUGCCAAUUUUAGGGCUUUGCGAGCUGGGAAACUGCCCACAAACGGUUGCGUGUGGUGUGGUGCGCGGGACUGCAAGGCCGGGGACAGCUGCAAAUGUUAACUUAGGCGCAUUUUAUAUGGUGGGGACACCUGUAGCGGUCGGGCUUGCUUUCUAUCUAGGAGUUGGUUUUUCCGGGCUUUGGAUUGGGCUUUUGUCGGCCCAGAUAUGCUGUGCUGGGUUGUUGUUGUAUGUAGUUGGGACCACGGAUUGGGAUUAUCAAACAAACCGGGCCCAAUUGCUGACUCAAUAUGGUGGGUCUGGGCCUUCAUCAGAAUCAACAGGGACCGUUGAUUCAUCUUUGCUCUUGCCUGAUGGAGAUGGUGAUGAUAAGGAAAAUAAUCAAAUUGAUGAUCAAAAAGAGCCAUUGAUUUCCAUCUUGGUGACUUCAUAAAAAAAUCGGUGAGGAAAAAAAUUUAAAAGAUGUAAUUUUAUUUAUUAAUAUUUUUUUCCAUAGAAAUUUUAUUUACCAAUUUUUUGGGUUGAACCCUUUUAGAUCGGUUAAAUAUUUAUUAGAUAUUUUAUUUUGUUUUUAAUUUUCCAACUAGUUGGAAGAGUUGGAUUUUUAGAAUUAAGUGUAAAGAAGAGAGGAAGACAAUUCGUUUUCUAUUUACCUUCUUUGCAUUUUUUUUUUCUCUUUUUCCAUGUUAGCGACUAUUAUAUUAUAAUUAGUGAAGAUUGUAAUUAAGAUGUUAAAUAUAGCUUGUAAUAUUACUA